AUGAAUAGGAUUACUCUAAAUUGUCAGAAAUAUAUUAAACCCCCAUUCUACAAUAAUUACACAUGUUAAUUUUACAAAUUAAAACUAAAUUUCCAAUACCCAAACAAAUAAAUCAGGUUGAAUUUCCAACUCAAGACAUGGCAGUUCAAUUUUUUACAACUACAAACCGAUCACUCUCCAAAUGAGUUCAGUUAAAGAUAGCAAAAUAAAAAUUAUAUAAAAAUGCAGCUUAUUUUGGAAAAAUAGUUGAUGGAUAUCGGUAAGGACAAGGAAUUAUAAUAAAAUAGACACUAUAAAUAUAUGAGGGCUAGUUUGAGAAGAAUAAAAAGGAAGGAAUAGAUUCGAAAUUCUGAAAGGAAAUAAUAUUAUUAUGGAAAUUAUGUAAAUGAAUUACCACAAGGAGAAGGAAUUAAUUGGUCAAAAAGUCAGAAUUACAUUGGGCAGAUGUAUCAAGGAAAAAAAGUAAUGAGUGAGAUUUAAUAUGUUAGCAUGGCAUUGGAUUGUAUUAAGGACUUCAUCAAGACUGCUAUAUGGGUUAAUGGGAUAAUGGAAAACGUUGUGGUUCCUGCUUGCAUAUUAAUGGUUUCAUGUAUUUCAAUAUUUAAAAGUUAUUAGAAAUGUAGGGAAAGUAACUAUUGAUCUGAAAUAUGGAGUAGGUUAGGAGUAUUUGGAGAAUGGGGAUUUUUAUAUUGGUGAGUUUCGAAAUGGGAAGCCUAAUGGUAGGGGAGAGUAUAUUUGGAGUAAUGGAAAUUGUUAUCAGGGACAAUUUGAAAGUGGGUUGAGAAAUGGUUAUGGAACAUGGUAAAGUAAAACUUAGAGUGGAAAAAAUUGUUAUAAAGGAUAUUAUGCAAAUGAUAAGUAAUGCUGUGAGGGAAUUUUUGAAUACUCAAACGGAACUGUGUAUGUGGGUAAUUUUAUAGAAGAUAAACGAUUUCGUUAUGGUGAGAUUGUUUGGAAUGAUAUUCAAAGGUAAUUGGAAAUAGAAUUAGCUUUAAACUUUUGAAAAGGCUAGGAUUUCAUUAAAUGAAUUUCCUUAGUAGCAUCAAAUUUAAAAAAUCUUAGAGAAUUAAGAAACUUAUUCUGAAAUUGCAGAUGAACCAGAUUUAGAUCAAAUUGAAGACCAAUUCUAAAUGAAAUUUAAGAAUCCAAUGCAGAAAGCUUUGUUUAAAAUAUAUCUCACAAUACCAGUCACCAUGAUAUGUAUUUUCAUCCAAAAAAGGUUUUAUUCAAUUUGAUUUGUUGAAUCUUUUUGAUGAAAGUCUCUAAUAUUAAUCUUUAGAAAGUUCAAAAAGGUAGCAUAAGUCAAAUUUUGCUAUUUAGGCAGAGUCGAAAAAGUAACUCUUGCUUAAAUUAAGCAUGAAAAAGUAACAUCCCACUCAAUUCAAUAUUAAUCACUCUUUUUAAGAGUAGAGAAAUA